AUGAAUUGUCAACCAGAUUCUUUAUGUGACUUAUUGUCACUUGCAGCAAAACGCAACAGCGUUGGUCUUGCUGUAGAUCACGAUGAAGGCUCGUUAUCCUACGCCGAGCUCGAACAAUACGUGGCUCUCUUUGCAAGCCACUUACAACAACACUUCAAAGUACAGCCAGGAGACCGUAUUCCUCUGCUUACAACACAUGGAACACGCAACAUUGUCGCUCUCCUAGGUAUUCUCAAGACAGGAGCAUCCUAUGUGCCUAUGGAUAGGGAUAGCUGGUCGGAAGAGAGAAUCGAAACCGUCCUGAGUACAGUGGACGGCAAAAUGAUUAUCAAUACAACAGCCAAGCUCUUCACACCUCGUCACAGUCAAAGUGUGUUUCACUUCAACGACAUUCACAUCCUCAACAAGUUGGAACGCUGUUCAGAUAUGACGUCCGUCCAACUAACACCGUCUACCCUCGCAUGCAUCAUCUUCACCAGUGGCUCUACUGGAAAGCCAAAAGGCGUCAUGCUGCCUCAUAGAUCGAUUAUCAAUUACGCCAUCACUUCUCCCUUCAAUAUGGAUGUCCAGCCAAAAGACAGAGUACUGCAUAUCCUGUCGGUAGCAUUUGAUGCCUCUACAGGCAUGUUAUUCUCCAUUAUUGCCGGUGCAGGUACCAUAGUUCCCGCGAGUAAAUGCAGCAUUCUCGCCGAGGCCAAGUCUUGUUCCAUCUGGACCGCUACGCCAUCCAUCAUUGCCUCGUUUCCCCCUCCUGUCGAUUCUCCAGGCUCGGCUUCUGUUGUUUACCCGCGACUACACACCAUUCUUCUAGGCGGAGAGGCAAUUCCAUCCUGCACAAUAGAGGCAUGGUGCAGUCCUGCUCGAAAGAUUCUGAAUGCCUAUGGUCCGACAGAAUCCACAGUCGCAUCACUAAUGCAUACCAUUCGAUACGACGAUUAUAUGCAAGACCCCGACCCUAGCAUUAUUGGAAAGCCCAUGGAAAAUGGACCAGUAUAUCUCGUGGAUGCGGAUCUGAAUGCUGUGGUUGGCGAUGACCAAGAGGGAGAGAUACUUGUCGGUGGCAUUGGUCUGGCGGAUGGAUACUUUUGCGAUCCCGAAAAGACAAAUGCUGCCUUUAUCCAAUGGAAUGGUAUGAGAUGCUACCGAACAGGAGACUAUGGCAAAUGGAAGCAGACGUGCAACGGCGAGAAGGUUGUCGUCUUCCGCAGCCGAAAAGAUCGAGUCACCAAGAACCGCGGCUUUCUCAUCAAUCUGGAUGCCGACGUGCAAACUCCCAUGACGUCUCUCGGUCUCGGUAUCCAAGGUGCUCACGCUACCAUGUUUCGCAAGAAGCUCGUUGCCCUUGUAUAUCCAGCAACAGUUGAUACUGCACAAGUCAGAGAUGCCAUGGUGGAGGGCGGCUUCUCGAGCUUUACCAUUCCAGAUUCCAUCAUGGCAGUUGAUAGGCUUCCCAUGACGGCGAAUGGCAAAGUAAACCCAGCGGCCAUUCUACAUCUUCUCGAAAACCAAAGCGUCGAACCAGAGCUUCCAGAUGUACUGAGUGAGGAAGAACCCGAGUGUUUGCAGUCAAGAAAGCUCAGAAUUCUCGAACGACGAAUUAGAGAGGUACUAUUACUGAAGAAAGCAACUAUCAUUGACCUAGACACCAAUCUUCUCUCGCUGGGAGCUUCGUCUCUCGACCUGAUGACGAUUGUGUCGCUCUGUGCUUCUGAUAAGCUUCACAUUUCUCUCCGAGAUGUAUACAACAAUCCGACAAUCCAGGCUAUUUGCGACGCCGGUAACUUGGAGCAACCCAUUUCACGUCACAAAUAUUACAAUACAGCGGACUCUUCAGAUUCAGAAGAACUAGCAUCAUCGGAAGUGGCAUCAACGGCAAGCGAUAGCACGGCCGCCGAGAUCUUGAGCGAUGCUGUUUCGUUGAUGACGCCAAUGCAACUCGAGUUUGCCCAGUCAACAUUAAAUAUCGACGGAAAGAAUACGAACCAGAUUCGCCGCCGCUACGCAUUGGAACAUGCCUCGGUGCUCGAGAAGGCGUGGAGACUAGUGUGGGCAUCUGAGCCCGUAUUCAAAACGCAAUUCCAUUUAGAGAGCGGUAUCGGUAUGCAAAUCAUCCGAGCAGAAUCUUUGACGUCUCCCCGGAUCGUCAGAGUCUCGUCAAUGGCCGAAUACCAAAAAGCGAUUGCCCAAGUUGGCUUCAAGGUUGGUCUGGGAGCACAACUGGAUAUCAUCAUUUGCGAUUCCACCAAAGGCUGUGAUGAAGCUUCUUUUGCAGAAAUCACGGUUGUUUUCACAGUUCACCAUUGUCUAGCUGACGGCUUUGCCAUGGCCGCCAUCCUUAGCAAAGUCGAAGAAGCUGCUGCUACUGGUGCCCGAAGCAUCCAGCACAGCCAGCCAUUCACAACGGCGGCGUGGUCUUUGAUAGACAAACAGAAGAAUAAAGACGAAAUGGCACGACAGUUCUGGCAAAAGUAUCUUCAAGAUGUCGCUGUGAUUGAAGACCUUGGUCUGGUCAAGCCUGGAGGAGAACCCGUCGAGAUGGCCGAGGAGAUUCGGUUCGAGUCUCCUGCCGACAUGACCACGCUGGCCAAAUGUGCUUCUGCCAACCAGGUCACUGUUGCUACUCUCUUCUACACGGCAUGGGCCAUGGUUGUUUCCAAGUUUACCGACAGAGACACUGUUACUGUUGGUGCGGUUGUCUCGGGCCGAACAUCCGGCCGCAUCACCGACACUGUGAUUGGGCCUCUCAUGGCCACGCUGCCUCUGAUUGUACGCAUUAUGCCGCAAACAACGGUCAAUCAGCAGCUACAGACUGUUUUCAAGCAUCUCUGCGACUUGGCAGACAUGGCCUGGUGCACCCCUCGACAAGUUGACCACAGAGUGUGCUCCGUGGUUGCGCUGCAGUAUGACAUGCCAAAGCACAAAGAGACCAUCCCGUGUCUUGGUGAAUCUGCAUUUGAAAACACGGCCUUUCCUCUUAGUCUUUUGAUUGAUGAUGGCGGUGUGUUUCGUCUUGUUUGGGAUCCUACUUGCUAUAGCCGUGUGGAUGUGGAGGACAUGGCUGCUCGUUUCCAGCGGAGUUUGCAGGGUCUUUGCGACAAGGCCGAGAUGGACGAUUGUAUGCUUGGUCUUAUAUCCGAAGAGGAGCAUAAUAAAGUUAUGGGAGAGUGGAACUUUCCCUAUGAGCCGUUUGUCGGACUCGAAGAGAUGACGCUUCAGCAGCAGUUUGAUAGAUCUGUCACCAAGCAUGCGAAUCUCACAGCGCUCAUCUCAGGGCAAGACUCCCUUUCCUAUACAGAGCUUAACAAGCAAGCGAAUAUCGUGGCUCAGAGGAUUUGUGACGAGUUUCCUCCAAGCCGCCCUAUUGUCAUUCAUGCCGACGGUACUCUGCUUUGGAUCGUGGGCAUCAUGGCCAUUAUCAAGGCUGGCCGGCCUUAUUGUCCGCUGGACCCCGCAUAUCCAUUGUCUCGACAAGAGGCUGUAUGUGAAGCUGCAAAUGCUUCCGGCGUGUUGUUUCCCAGCCGGGAACAAGCAACGCAAAACCCGUGCCGGGGAGGUCAACCGCUAAUCAUUCAAGACAUUCUUCUUCAGUAUCAGUGUGACCCCGUUGACAACGUUUGUAUUCCUAUCGAAACUAAAUCAGAUGCAGUAAUUGUCUUUACUUCUGGCACCACGGGCAUUCCAAAGGGCGUUCCCCUCAGCCAUGAGAGUAUCCUGGCCCUCCAGGCGACGAAGGAGGCCACCAUGUUUAGCGGCCCGGGAGUCAAGAUUGCACAGAUGAUGACGGCAGCCUUUGAUGUCUGUGUGAACGAGAUCUUUGCUUCCUUGCUUCAUGGCGGAACAUUGGUGUUGAAGAACAAAGAGGAUCCGUAUCGCCAUCUCAAGACGGCAGACAUCACAGCCAUGACGCCUUCACUGAUGGCGGCGCUCAAUCCAGCCGACUUUUGCAAUCUCCAUACAAUUUACUCCACCGGCGAACCUUGCACUCCCGGUCUGAUCCGUCGUUGGGCACCAGGACGAACCUUUUACAAUGUCUAUGGCCCAGCAGAGACAACCAUUUGGCUCUCUAUGGAAAAGAUGACUAGCGAUAGCUCCAUCAACGUCGGUAGAGCAUUCCGCGGAGCACGCAUGUAUGUACUGGAUCGACAACUACGCCACCAGCCUCCGGGUGCAGUAGGAGAGAUUUACUUGGGUGGUCAGUUACUUUGCCGCGGAUAUCUCAACUCACCGGAGCAAACAAAGCUUCGCUUCAUUCCGGAUCCAUGGCACCCUGGGCAGUUGAUGUACAAGACGGGCGACUUGGGACGCUGGAGCCAUGAUGGCAAAGUUGCUUGCCUUGGGCGUCUAGAUCGACAAAUCAAGGUCCGAGGAUUCCGUGUCGAGCUUCCAUCUGUGGAACGACAGAUUUACGCAGUCGAGCCGCGAAUCGGUGUUGCCGUGGUUCUCUGCAUCAACGAUGGUCUUGUUGCUGUGGUUGAGCCAGCGGACAUUGACACGGGAAAAGUAAAAGCAAACCUCUUGGAGAAGCUUCCUCCCGUUUGGGUUCCCCAACGAUGGGUUUCUAUGGACAAGUUGCCGCUUACCCCCAACGGUAAAGUAGACACGAAGCUUCUCGAGUCUAAACUGCGCGAGGGAGACAUUAUACAGACAUCAUCACCGUCCCAGACCACGCCUGCUGCCCCAGUCUUUGAUUCAAUUGCAAGUGGAACGGCGGAAGAAUGGAAGAACUUGCUUGGGUUGGAUCCCAACAGAGGAUUAAAGCCAUGUGACGGAUUCUUAAGCCUGGGAGGCCAUUCCAUUCUGCAGAUGCUUCUCUCGUCACGACUAUCGUGCCGCUUUGGCGUCAAGAUAUCCCCAAGAGACAUGAUUCAACGAGAUACCUUUGCGGAUCAGGUAGCUCUCAUUCGUCGUCGGCAGGAAGAACAAAAGCAGCAACGUGAGGACAAUGAUAAUCAGAUAGAUACCACAAAUGCUUCUUCACCAACACCCCCAACCGAACUUUCGUCUGUGGAAAAGUUCCAGCUCUUUCAGCACAGCGUGGGAACUUCCACCACCACCUUUAACAUCCCGCUAUUGCUUCGUUUCUCGGGAUCAUUUUGCCGGCAAUCCCUCAUCACCGCAAUGAAUGCCGUUCUUGCUAGCCACGACAUCUUCCGGUCAAGCUAUUCGUACGACGAAUACGGAACACCACAUAGAGGCCUUCGCCAUUGCGCGCCUCAAGUAUGCGAGUCUCCCGUACUAGAUGUCCAAGCCGCAAUUAACAGGCCGUUUGAUCUGGAACACGAUCAGCUCAUCCGCGUAUCGUUCUGGGAAGACACGAUGCUCCUUGUUGCUAGCCACAUGAUUGCCGACUUGAACAGCCUGCAGAACCUCUUUGCUCAGGUCUCUGGUGUCAUGAACGAUAAGAAUCAAGGUCUGGUCAAACAAACAAUCUCCGACUAUCUGGGCUUGAACCGAUGGAAGCAAAUGCCAGACCAACAAGACGAAUUCUUUUGGAAAGAGUAUUUGCGAGAUACCCCCUCAACACUUCCCAUAGAACUACUCCCAACCUCGACUCGCUUCAACGGAGCAUCACGUUUGGUUCCCAUUCCUGCCAAGCUGAGCCGGCGUCUCAUCCAGAUGACCAAAGGUUCACCCUUGACCCGUCACCACAUCGCCUUGGGCGUAGUGGCACAAGCUUUGGCAAAGAUGACUGGUAAACAAGACUUGGUUCUGGGUGCGCCCAUCUCGGGAAGAGUCGAUCUGGCGGAGCGAGAGUCUGUUGGACCCCUGCUUGACCGUCUUCCCAUCCGAAUCCAAUGGGAAGAGGAGAAUCCCUCCCCUGCUACAUUCUUGGAAGGCGUUCGGAAAGCAAGUCAGGCAGCUCUGGGCGCUGCCGUACCGUUUGCAAGUCUGAUGGAUAUUCUACAGUUGGAAUACAACACACCCCAUCAUCCAGUGUUUGAAGUCAUGGUCACAUUCCACCUGGACAAUGGGCCAUCCAACUUCCUCAAGACACCAAACUGCCACGUUGAGCCUGUGCCUGUAUGCGCGAGUGGCGCCAAGUUCUUAAUCAUGUUUGAGUGGACAGAGUAUUCCGAGACGGAAUGGGUGGUGCGCAUUGAAUAUGAUUGCGACAGGAUAUCAACCAAGACUAUGGAUUCCAUUGUCGAGUCUAUGGAGUCUGUUGUGAAGAGGUUCACGGAGCUGUAA